AUGCUUUAUAUAUAUCAAAUUUCCAAGCGAUGUCUGAAGAAGAAUACAAAUUUUGCGAUCUUCAGUCAACCCACUACCAUCGAUAUCAUCGGUUCGAAUUACUUACUAAAAUCAAAGCUAGAAAAAUGUGCUGCCACAUUACAACCACAAGAGCAUGCCAUCACAGCAUUGCCUCCACGCACCAAUGCGGCGGCCAUCUGCGCGGAGAAGAAUGCACAAUACCGUUGCAAGAAAUUUCCAUCCAGCUUCAUCACACCUGUCUAGAAUGCCUCCACAAUCACGACUUAUGGGCCACUUUAACCCACACCACUACCACACUCCCCAACUUCCUUUGUGACGCACAAAGAAUCUCCAACAAAUUCCACGGUGACUACAUGGCUCUCUUUUGCGAGAUUUGGGGGCUCCAACCAGCGGAUAGUGAGUACAUGGCCCUCCUCCCAGACACAGACAUCGAAUGGCUUUCUGUAGCCCGGGCGUCUGUGGAUCUAGCCGCUCGGUCUCUUCUUGAGCAGAGAUUCACGAUGUUCGAGCUGGAGGAGACGCUUGCUGAGUGUUGUGCACAGUACUUUGGGUUUGUUGAGACGCUUCGUUUCCUGAAUGAUAUGUUCGAACGGGCGAUAUAUGCACAGGCUGUAUCGAAAGCCUUGUCGCGCUACAUCGUGGAGCUUCAACUUUCUCUCGAUAAAUUCAAGGAGCUUAGAAAGGAAGCACUAUUGCCAUUGGUAAGAGAAGCUUCCCCUGAAUCCGUUCCCGUUAAUUUCGAAGGGUGUCCGAUUUGUGACGGGAGGGAUGAUUUGGUUCAUCUUGCUUGUCCUGCUAACCAUGUAUUUUGUCGGGGAUGCGUAAAAGAAUGGGUUAAGGAUAAAGAUGUUGCGACUUGUCCCCUGGAUCGAUGUGCGUUUCCGAGGAUGGAGUUCGAUUUUCCUGAGGAGGCUUAUAUGGAGGAACUUUCUCGUGGUGGUGAGGAGGAUCAGUUGCCAACACCACAUUGGUUGAUGAUACUACGAGGUUAG